AUGAUGGACAGUCAUUUAGGGUUGACUUUAAAUGAAUUAAUCAAAUUGUAUGAUAAAUGCGAGCAAUCGUUAAACGAGAGAAGGAGUGAGUCGUUAGAAGAGGUGAAGAGAUCGCCGUUCAGUGAAGAGGGCAUACGAUUCAAGAAGUCGUUUAGUCCUAAAGAAGAAGGCGUCCGAUUCAAGAAGUCUUCGCUGAACAGCGAAAACAUCCGUUUCUUGCGGAACGGCGGUUGGGAUACUGAGGGCUGGUUUAAUUGGAACCCUUUCUCCAAGAGUUGGUUCAAACGGAAUCCGUUCAGCGCUGAAGGCAUUCGGUUUAAGAAGAAUCCAUUCGAGAAGGAAGGCAUCAGAUUCAAGAAGUCCGUCUUCAAUGACGAGGGCAUCAGAUAUAAGAAGUACGCGUUUGAUAACGAGGGAAUCCGAUACAAGAAGUCUCCCUUUGAAGAGGAAGGCAUUCGUUACAAGAAAUCUCCGUUCACUGAGGAAGGGAUCCGAUUCAAGAAGGCCUUUGACAACGAAGGCAUUCGCUAUAAAAAGAGUCCGUUCACUGAAGAGGGCAUUAGGUUUAAAAAGUCUGAUUCCUAUGACACCAAUAGCGACGACUUGUCACCGAAAGCAGCAAAACCCAGUAUUUCAGGCCUAACUUCAAUCAAAAACUCUUUGAGCAAAAAGUCUCCGUUUAAUGAGGAGGGCAUCAGAUUCUAGACACCAUUCCCGCACAAAUCCAUGAGUUUGUGAACCUAUGGCUGAAAAUACAAUCUCUUAUUUUAUAAGUUGUAAAUCGCAUUAUUAGAUGAAAAUUUGUGUUCACUUUUAUGUUUAUGUUUUACUAAUAGUAACCGACAGUACAUGUAUUGUUUCGAUUCAAUGGCUUAUAAAAUAAAAGUUAGAAAUUAAAUAAAGGAUCA